GCGGGCGGAUGAGGGGUGCCUUCAAACGCUACAAGCUACUGAAGAUUGCUGUUGGGGAGGAGAAGAUGCCGGAAGAAGGCGAAGCACGUGAACGGUGGAUUGAGAAAAGCGCGGUGCUUUUCGACCUCAUCCUUCAAUCGGUCAACAAGGAGAUGUUCGAGCACAUCAAGGAUCUUGGGGAGUACCAGAAUGGAGGGCACCUGCUGGUACUGCAAGAAGGUCGGGCAUCCUUGGUUCAAGUGCUUCAGCAGGCCGGAGGGAUGGGCACCUCCAGGCAUGAAGCCGCCAAGUGGUGAACGCGCACAAGGUGGCGCUGUGC